GUGCUUCCCGGAACAUCGCGAAUUUCGUCAAGACUCCCAACCCCAUCCGAUUCAACCCACUCUCCCCCCGAACGAUCCAUCGCCUCGCCGACCGCAACGAAGCACCACUUGUCACUACACGAGACCGCUAUCUUCAAGAACAACUUCUCCAUGCUUGGCUUUGUCUUUGCGACGGGCUUCGCUUUCGAAAUGGGCUUCAACGGCGCGAUGAACAAGUACUGGGACUACCUUAACCGCGGCCGCCAAUGGAAGGACAUCCGCCACAAGUACGUUGAGGCUGCCGAUGACGACGAGGAAUAG